UGAUCUUAGAAAAAGUAUUUUUCCACCCCCAUUUUUUUUUUCCAUGUUGCCUCGGUAGGAUCACUCCGUAUACUGAGUUACAAAGUGUGGCUUAGACGUGUUGCUGUAGCGCAGGCUUAGUGUCACUUCUGACCUGCCGACUCUGAGAAUCGUUCCUAGAGUAUCAGAGUAACGCUGCUACUGCGGUGGGUGAUGGGGAAGACGGGCCGUGCUCGGGCACCGGUAACCCUAGCGAGUGGUUUGUUGUGGUGUUUUUGUUUUUUUCUCUUAACAUUGAGGUUCAAGAUCUUAAGAGUUACUCAUUCUACUACUGUUUCUAGGAUGGAAAUUUUAGCUAGAAGUGUUCUAACAAAAAUGUGUCAUCCUUUUGUCUGUUUUUUCAAAUGGACACACUUCUCUGAUGUGCUUGAGACUAGAUGUAAAGACACACGGGAACUUCUGCUGAAGGACUGUAACGCGUGUGGCUGCUGGGCAUUGAUGCAGAGAUGAAUCGUCACCUGUGUGCUUGGCUUUUUAGACGUUCAUCUCUUAAUGGUCCCCGCCAGUACCACCUCCAGCCCCAAUCUCAUCAAUUUACACAGAUCCAUCUUGAUACAAGGCUGUGGAUUUUUAGACAAAACAGGAAUCGCAUUCUCCAUCAUCUGCUAAAUAAGAAUUGUCCCAGGAGAUAUUGUCAUCAGUCCAAGAUGCUGUGGAAGCAUAAAGCACUACAGAAAUAUAUGGAGGACCUGAAUAAGGAGUACCGGACGCUUGAUGAGUGUUUGCAGCAUAUGUCUGUGAAUGAAGGGGACCGGAAGUCCUUGAAUCGAAGGCAUGCUGAGUUGGCACCACUUGCAGCCAUUUACCAAGAAAUUCAGGAGGCUGAGCAAGCAAUUGAAGAAUUAGAUUCAAUGUGUAAAAGUCUAAAUAAACAAGAUGAAAAGCAGUUACAAGAACUCGCAUUGGAAGAGAGGCAAACCAUUGCUCAAAAAAUCCAUAUAUUAUACAGUGAGCUUUUCCAGAGUCUAGUGCCAAAGGAGAAAUAUGACAAAAAUGAUGUUAUUUUAGAGGUGACAUCUGGAAGAACUACUGGAGGUGAUAUCUGCCAGCAGUUUACUCGGGAAAUAUUUGAUAUGUACCAGAAUUAUUCAAGCUAUAAAAACUGGAAAUUUGAACUCCUGAAUUACACACCAGCUGAUUAUGGUGGGCUGCAUCACGCAGCUGCCCGAAUUUCUGGUGACAGUGUCUAUAAGCAUCUGAAGUAUGAAGGUGGGAUUCACCGAGUUCAGCGAAUCCCUGAAGUGGGCCUGUCGUCAAGGAUGCAGCGCAUUCACACAGGGACCAUGUCCGUUAUUGUCCUCCCUCAACCAGAUGAGGUAGAUGUGAAGGUGGACCCCAAGGAUUUGCGAAUAGAUACAUUUCGAGCCAAAGGAGCAGGAGGGCAGCAUGUUAAUACAACUGAUAGCGCUGUCAGACUUGUCCAUAUCCCCACAGGGCUUGUGAUAGAAUGCCAACAAGAACGAUCACAGAUUAAAAAUAAAGAAAUAGCUUUGCGUGUGUUGAGAGCUAGACUCUACCAGCAGAUGAUUGAGAAAGACAGGUGUCAGCAACAAAGUACUAGAAAACUGCAGGUGGGAACAAGAGCCCAGUCAGAGAGAAUUCGGACAUAUAAUUUCACCCAGGAUAGAGUCACUGACCACAGGAUAGCAUAUGAAGUUCGUGAUAUUAAGGUAAUAUAACAAUAUGCUUUAUGUACCUUUGCUUUUCAAAGAAAGUGUACUCAAAUUUUAGAGAGUUGUAUCUAAAACAUUACCAAGUAAUUUAAAAUCAUUAAGCCUGUUUAAGGUAGUAUCUCCAAAUAGGCAAACAUUCAUAUUAGUUUGUUGGUAAGAAAU